CGCGCGCGCGGGGAGGCGCCUAAGGCGCCCCGAGCUGAGUUGCCUUUGUUGGGCGCGCACCCCUCCCUUAGGUGGCACAUAGUCGCGCGGUGGGAGCUGCCGCGAGGGGGUGGGGUGCGGCCGGGGCGGAACUCUGUGCGCCACCGGGACAAGGGGGCCAAAAAGUGGGGAGGAGGGCAAAAGGCAGGCGGUGUCCGGGGACAGGCGCGAGAGCAGCCGCUGAGAAGUAUGCGGAGGGCCCCCUUCCGGGCCCCGGCACUCGCGGCGAGCGAGCCUUGGAAAAGUUUGGCGGCUGCUGCCCGGGCGGUGUCGAUGGCUGCGCGCCCCGCGGCGCGCGGGGGCUAGGCGGGCGCCACUUCCCCUACAGCCCCGCUUUUGUGUGUCGCGUCUGUUCCUCAUGCUGCGUCCGGCCACCUCCUGCGGCGGCCGCUGCUGAGGCGCUUGCCGGGACUGAAGGGACGACGAGGAGGCGACGGCAGCGGCGGGGGCGGCCGCGGCGCGCGGUCCAGGCGGGACUAUGGGAAACGGGAUGUGCUCCCGAAAACAGAAGCGGAUCUUCCAGACGCUGCUGCUACUGACCGUGGUGUUCGGCUUUCUCUACGGCGCGAUGCUGUACUACGAGCUGCAGACGCAGCUGCGGAAAGCUGAGGCUGUGGCGCUCAAGUACCAGCAGCACCAGGAGUCCCUCUCAGCCCAGUUACAAGGAAACGAAGGCACAGGAAGUUCAGCAACCCACCCCAUGAGGGAUGGAGUUGUAUAUGAACACAGAUCGAGAUUAGAGAAAUCCCUGCAAAAGGAAAGACUUGAACAUAAGAAAGCAAAGGAAGAUUUCCUUGUCUAUAAGUUAGAAGCGCAAGAAACACUAAAUAAAGGAAGACAAGAUUCCAAUAGCAGAUACAGUGCAUUGAAUGUCCAACAUCAGAUGCUGAAAUUUUCAUCUUUGCAGAGUCAACACGAGGAGCUAAAGAAACAGCACAGUGACUUGGAAGAGGAGCAUCGCCAACAAGGGGAGGACUUCAGUAGAACAUUUAAUGACCAUAAGCAGAAGUACCUGCAGCUUCAGCAGGAGAAAGAACAGGAACUUUCUAAGCUAAAAGAAACUGUGUAUAAUUUGAGAGAAGAGAAUAGACAACUAAGGAAAGCACACCAAGACAUGCAUACACAGCUUCAAGAUGUGAAGCAACAGCAUAAGAACUUACUCUCCGAGCAUGAACAACUUGUAGUGACUCUGGAAGACCACAAGAGUGCACUAGCUGCUGCACAGACUCAAGUUGCAGAAUAUAAACAACUGAAAGACACUCUGAAUAGGAUUCCAAGCUUUCGAAAACCUGAACGAGCUGAGGAACAAAAUGUUACCCUGGUGGUACAUUCUCCACGAGGUUACAGCACAAAAGAGAAACUGAGCGAAGAGCCACAGGAGGUGUCUCGAAAUGGUGAUGUGGGGCAGAAGCAUGGAGCAGCCCCUGGAAGACCAGAAGAACCGAAGGUUUAUCCUCCCACACAGAAGGGGGUGGAAACUCAGGCUGCAGCAGAGCCGAACCAACAAGAAGUGGAAGCCAGAGAGCCUGAGGAGCGUCAGGUGGAGGAGGAGCACAGAAAGGCGCUUGAAGAGGAGGAAAUGGAGCAGGUCGGGCAGGCGGAACACCUGGAGGAGGAACAUGAUCCAUCGCCAGAGGAGCAGGACCAGGAGUGGAAAGAACAGCACGAACAAAAAGAAGAAGCCAACCUUCUGGAAGGGCGUGCUCAUGCUGAGGCGUAUCCUUCCACCAACCCAGCUACCAAAUUCCGAUCGCCAUUUGAGGAGCAGCUCGAACAGCAGAGACUGGCGGCAAGGCAGGCGGAGGAGGCCCAGAGGUUGAGAGAACGCCAGGAAGCUUUGCACCAGCAGAGGCUGCAGGGACACCUGUUAUGGCAGCGGCAGCAGCAGCAGCAGCAGCAACAGCAGCAGCAACAGCAGCAACAGCAGCAGCAGCAGCUUCGGGAGAGAGAGCUGGCCCGGCAGAGGCAGGCCGAACACGAGGAGGGCCAGCAGCAGCGCCAAGAGCAGCCACGGCAACAAGCUCGCUAUGAUGCUGUGGACAAUGAUAUUGUUCAGGGAGCAGAGGACCAGGGCAUCCAAGAAGAGGAAGGAGGUGCUUAUGAAAGAGAGAACCAGCACCAAGAUGAAGCAGAAGAAGAUGCAGGUAAUGGACAUGAACCUCGAGAACAAAGGCCCCAAGAAGAUAACCCAGAACCUGAGGCAGAUGACCAGUUCAGCUGGACAGUCCAGGGCCUUGGCCCUGUCAACGAGUAAGGCAAGCCAAUGUUGAGAGACCCUGUGUUCUUGAAUUUAUACGUAGAUGAUUUGUUUUGCUCUCCUGUCGUCUUUUGCUGGUAAAUCAACCACCAUGCUUUUAAAAUUCAGUCUGUGCCUUUAUUAUAACUCCUGUUUUUAUGGAUUUAGUGGACUUACGUUGUUGUUGAGUGCCGUGGAGUCGAUUCUGACUCAUAUCGACCCUGUGUGACAGAGCAGAACUGCUUCAUAGGGUUUUCUAGGCUGUAAUCUUUAUGGGAGCAAAUCACCAGCUAUUUCUUCCUUGGAGCCACUGGGUGGGUUUGAACCACCAACCUUUUCAGUUAGCAGCAGAGUGCUGAACAGAUGCUUAAUAUAGUCUUCCUUGAUAAUCAUUGAGAAAGUCUUCCUGAUGGGUACUUAACCAACUUUGAUGCAAAGGGCUUUCCCACUUAACUUGCUCUGAGAUGUCACAAACAUACUUGCCUGCAGCACGGAAUGCGAGCUCUGGAAUACUUUCAGGAGAGAACAAAAGUGAGAGAGCAAGAGAGUAUCCACGAGACAGCAAGAAAGCAAGAUUGCGUGCAGAAGCCUGCGAGUGUGCCUGAGAAGGGCCGAAGGGGGUUGGGAAAGGAUGAGUGCUCCAGCCACAGGCGUUUGGGAAAUGCUGUGUACAGUUGUGUAGUGCCAUAAUACCUACCUACUAAGUCCGCUAUUCUGUCUGCUGCUGACGUGUUCUGGGGAACACACCGGGAAACACUGGCCUUUUUCUACCAUGCCUUCUUUUAAUUAGAAAUUAUCAGCCCCUUCCGUCCCUUUCUUCAUCUCUUCUUAACUGUUUUAUUUGAAUUUGCCGACUGUGCCUGUUAAUCUUUAUUACUUGGUUGGAGUUGGAGUUAGGGUAUCCAUUUUUAUGAACUUCUGUGAAAAUUUAAGCCUUUUGCAAAAGAUAUUUGAUAGUAUUUUUUCCUGAAGAAAACAUGUUAAUUUUUAUUUCCACACAAGUUAUUGGUAAAACACAAAAAGAAAUCCACGUAAUAAGAGAUCAUGGAGUAAUUAGAGCUUAGUGUGAAGCCGUUUGCCACUCUCCCCCUUCCCAGGGAAGCACCGUUUGCACUUGAAUGAAGUAUAGGGCCGGGGAUGUGCAGAUAAUGUAUCGGCUGAGAUUACAGUCACCGCUUGAACGUGUUCAAGGCUCUUAAGUGAACUGAAGGAGAAUCUUUAUGUCCAGAGAACAUCCACAGAAACUCAAUUCUACUCUGUAGCUACUUCACCUUCCAGAAGCAUGUGCUGCUUUAGGAAGUGUCCUGUUUGUGACGCUGGAGAGAUGGGGGAGCUCACACAAACAUCGGCAUUCCUACCCAUCCGAGUCUCUACAGCUCGGAAUCUUCGUGAGGGAAGUGUAUUAUCAUAAAAGGUGCUUUGGGAGCUUAAGUGGAAAAUCGAGGUAAUUCCAAAGUUGAAAAUACAAAGGGCAUUUUUUGAACACAAUAUCCGAGAACUACCCUGGGAUGCAGGGUGAGUUGGGAGGGGGGAUAUUUUUUCAAAAUAUGUUAGCAAAGACUGGAUUAGCUCUGUUCUUUUUCCUCCUGUCCCUUAGCAGUGCAGCACCUUUCAGUUUCAUGGUUGUGUUUGUUAUAAAAAGCUUUCUUCUAUGCUAGGAAUUGAUCCUUUACUUUUGAGUUAGCCUUCUUUGGAUCUUGUCUCCUUUCCAAGCCCUCUUCUUACAUUCUGUCUGGUGUGGGCCUUCUCUCCUUUCAACUACCUCUCGCUCCCCGCACCAGAACAAAACAAAACCAAUUGCCUGCAAGGUGACCCUGACUCAUGGCGACCCUAUCCGUGUCAGAGUAGACUUGUGCUCCACAGGAUUUUCGGUGGCUGAUUUUUUGGAAGUAGAUCACCAGGCUUUUCUUCUGAGGCACUUCUGGGUGGACUCAAACCACCAGCCUUUUUUUGUUUAGCAGCCAAGCGUGUUAACUGUUUGCACUACUCUAGACCUCCAUUGUUCACCUAUUACACAUUAAAAAUUGCUUGGAAAGGAAAGUUUGUAUAAAAAUCAGUGUACCAGUGAAAGGUGUUACCUUUUUCCCAUCUAAAUUAUCCCAUUUUAAUUUGUUUUCUUUUUUUUUUUUUCCCUCCUACCUGGUCCUUUGGCUUUUGUGAGCUAUUUUUCUUAUUGUCUAUUCAGUUGUGCUUAC